AUGAACCUAAGACAAGUGUUCGUGUCUGUACUGCUGUUUGGAGUAGCUGGUCUACUCCUCUUCAUGUAUCUGCAAGCUUGGAUUGAAGAACAACAUACAGAGUCUGGAAAAAAACUGCAACAAGAGACAAUUAAUCAGGAUUUCACACUCCAGCCUCUGGGGAUGCCAAGGAAAGCAGCGUGGAGGAGAAGUGCUCCUGCAGGCCUCAGUAACCAUGAGAUGGCUGUCUCAAGCAGCAGGCAGUGGCAGGGCAGGGCUGACCCUUUCGGUGUGGUAGCUGCCUCACUGGGGAGCCAACAUCCUGAGCAGCAGAAGAUGAGUGAGUCCCCUCUCAGCUGGUUCAGAGGGGUGUAUCUACCUCCUGCUCUGCACCCAUUAAACAAGACAUUUGUCAAGGGUGGUGAGUGGCAGGACACAGAUAGCACCCAGGAAAAGCGUGGGGCCUUCCUGCAGGACUUCUGUAGGAAAUACAAUAGCAGAAAGAAGCUGCAAACCCACCUGGUGCACCUGGUGUCAAGAAUUUAUGUGGAGGACAGGCACAAGGUUCUGUACUGUGAAGUACCAAAAGCUGGCUGCUCCAACUGGAAAAGGGUCCUCAUGGUGCUCAGCGGACUUGCUGCUUCAGCAAACAAUAUCUCCCAUGAUGAUGUGCACUAUGGAAAGCAUCUAAGGAAAUUGGACAGUUAUGACCGAAAAGGGAUCUACGCACGCUUGAACACAUACACCAAGUUUAUAUUUGUACGUGAUCCCAUGGAAAGACUGGUAUCUGCCUUCAGGGAUAAGUUUGAACAUCCAAACAGCUAUUACCAUCCGGUAUUUGGGAAGGCAAUAAUUAAAAAGUAUAGACAUAAUGCAGAUGAAGAAGCAUUGAAAACAGGAUCAGGAGUUAAGUUCAAGGAGUUUAUCCAUUAUUUGCUAGAUUCCCACCGACCAGUAGGAAUGGACAUUCAUUGGGAGCAAGUCAGUAAGCUCUGCUAUCCCUGCCUCAUCAACUAUGAUUUCAUAGGAAAAUUUGAAACCCUGGAAGAAGAUGCCAAUUACUUUCUGCGGCUGGUAGGUGCUCCAGCCGAUCUGAAGUUCCCUAAAUUCAAAGACAGACAUUCAUCUGAUGAGAGAACAAGUACAGAAGUAGUGAGGCAAUAUUUAAAGGAAUUGUCUAAGGAGGAGAGACAGCUGACCUAUGACUUCUAUUACUUGGAUUACUUAAUGUUCAAUUAUACAUCACCACUUGUAUAGCACUAGAAUGGCUUCAGGCUUCUAUUAGAUACUUAUCAUUUUGGGAUUCAAAACAACUACUUUGGUAUUAGCCCUGAAAGGAAAUGAAGUUACUGCUAAGUAGAGUUGUCUUGAAUUAGUGGGGAUUUUAUAAGCUAGAGUGAUAUCAAUUGGUAUUAAAUUAUGGAGAAAGCAAAGAAAAAAAAGACCUGUAAACAGCAUAAAUUGCACUAAAAUGCCUGAAAAAGCUGCUUUUACCAUUAUGGAUUAUACUACAGAAGCAGUAGCUCAGACAGCUGUUGCAUUAGCUUACCUAAUGUUCUUUUAAUGGUUUAAGAAAAAAAAUUCAGAGUGGCAUGAUUCUUUUUUUUUUGG